AGUCCAUUAUUUCAAUUAUGGUUGUUAAUUUUGUUUUAUAAAAAUCAACACUACCGUCAGUGUUGCCAAACACUUUAAAUUUUAAAAUUCAUCAAACACCUGCUCCACUAGAAAAUCACACAGCAACCAUGUUACCAUGGCAACGGUAGCAGGCUUGGAUACCAGGUUCUUGUGAUGCUGGAAUUUAUGCGGUCAGAUUAGUCUCGUGGAUUGUUCUGAACGUGUUGGUCUGGCAAAUUAAAACUUCCGUGCAUACAGUGAGUGGUGUGUUUGAAGAUGAAUAAUAAUCGUACUACAUCCAAUAAUGGUCAUUCUAGCAAUGGCCAGGAGCAGCACCAAAUGGUAAUGUUUCCUGUUCCACCACCUGCCAUUCCACCCCAACAUGCUUACUCCAGAGUAAAGCAAUGCCCCACUGUGCCAUUCCUAAUGAUUCGUGCCCCAAUGCAACCCGUAUUGUUGUACGGAGUUCCUAGAACUUAUGAGCAGACGCAAUUCAAUUUCAGCUACUCGUCCGGUAAUGGCAUUUCGUUCCCAAGUAACCCUGAAUUGGGCGUUGGACAAUCGCCAUCGGUUGUUUCAUCGUUCGAAUUCAAGAUGUCGUCUAGCGUUAUCAACGACAAUAAGUCCAAUAUGUCUUGCCCCGUUUUGGAAACAGAAACAAUUAGUAACUACGAAACAUUACCGUCAUGUAGCGAAUCAAAAAGUUCAGCUGCUCUGGACUGCCUUGUAGAACAGUUUCCGGAACUAGUGAAGACGGCAUUGGAUGGUUGCAAGAAAGCGGAAGCACUUGUCACCUGUCACCAGAAACGGCCGUGUUUUAAGAAAAUUGAUAGCCUCUGCGCUAGGUUGAAGCAGGACCUGGUAAAGGCAGAUAAUGUAAUGUCCAACAUCAAUUCACAGGGUCUGGCAUGGGCGGUGAAAGAUUUCAUCUUCGUAUUCACCAGAAUCAUGAAUGCUUGGAUCAUCAUCAAGGGAUACGUGUCCAGCAAACCGGAUGGUUUGAUGUCGAUCCAACGCGAACUAUGCCCAAACUUUCUGAUCGCAUUUAGACACUGGCAUGAAGCGACCCACGAACUGGUGCAAUCGCUUAUCAAAUCGUUCAUCAACUUGAAUAAGCUUGCAAAGCAACAGCGUAGCGGGGGCAACAUUUUCGCUAAAACUGAAGAACAGGAAUCAGUGUCCGGCGAUGGGCCCAACGCGGGACAAACUUUCCGCGAUAUUGUCGAGGACAUCGAAGAAACGGAAUCGCUUAACUUAAAUACUGGAGCUUAUAUUCGGGCGGGAGUUUACCCCAAUGUAACCUGUCCACCACCAGGGUUCCCGGAGAAACCACCGUUGUUGGCUUAUGGCUCGCCUACUGAACAUGCCCAAGCAACGGAACCGAUUGCAUCACUUUCUCCUAUAGGUUCCGAAUAUUCUGCGAUGAAAAGGACUUGUCAGGGUAUGGAUUUCCUGCGGAAAACGUCGAACGAGUGUAUCGAAUGGGUGCUGGGUGAAGUUCGUUCGAUCGAGGAAGGACAAUAUUUCUAUUGUCUUAACUUUGCUAAAAAUUAUUUUCCUGACUUCGAUCUGAUUGCAUGGGACAUGAUAGAGCUACGCAAAGUCUACAAAAAGCAUGAUGCGGGUCAGUAUAAAAUGGUGGUAGAAUUGCUGGAUGAUUUGCAGCAGAUAGUUGAUACCUGCCGGCGGUACGUAGAAAUUUCCACCCAGUUUGUGAUUUGGAAUGCUAAUGGCCCGGUUGAGGAAAACUGCACCGCCAACCAGCGCAUUGAAUGGGAAAACUUUCCAAAAAUGCUAAGUUUUAUUGUAAAAAUGGAACAUCUUUUGUCCAAGACACGGAAAGGAUCUACCAUGGCAGAUCUUGGCAUGAAUAGUCCAUCGUAAAAUUGCUGGUUAGAAAGUGCUCUCGUAGUACAGUGCUCUUCCUCAGUGCUCCUGCAAUAGCUCAAGAAUGGACAGUAAAUUUAAGACUGAAACAAAACAAGACUAAAUGCCAUCUUCGUCAUCAUAAAAACAACUGCAACAACAAAAGCAUAGUAAUAUGUUAGCAUAUGAUUACAGGGAAUAAUUGAACUUAUUGGUACGUUUAGACAAGCCGUGCCACAAUACUCAGGAGCUUAAAACUAAUACUCAAGAAAACACGUGUGCGUCUGUUCGUUAUUUAAAACUAGAACAAUACCGUUUAAAUGGUUUCAACUGUAUUGUAUCAUCAUUAUUAUUUGAACAAUAAAAAUUAAUCAGACAUCUGUUUAUUAUCCCAA